AUGGCGCCGAGCAGAGGCCUCCCAAACCACCGCGCUUCCAAUCAGCAUGAACGCGCCAGUACUAGUGGCGCGGGCAAAUACCAUGUCAGUCCCCUACGGCCGCGUGCGGGUCGUAUGAAGCGUCUUGUGAAGCCUACCAAAGAUCAAGCGAUGCGUAGCGCUGCUCUGCGCUCCGAAUUGGCUGCCCUUCUGAAUGGCGAAACCCCGACUAAAACCCAUGAGAGUCCCAUGCCUCAGUCAGACGCGGUGGAAUCGAUGGAAUGGGAGGACGAGGAGCUUGAUGUUGCAGAGGAGAUGGUAUUCCCGGCACCAAUCCACGUUCCAUUGCCUCAACGGGAUCCUCCAGCUGUUGCACAAUCACGGCUCAGUCUACUAGGUGCAUGGCAAGUCCUCUUGCCAGCCUUGGAAGCGCCAUGGACGACAUUUCGAACCGCAACAUAUGCUUCUCCACCCUCCCAUAUUCCCCCUUCCGUCCACUAUGCCUGUGAAUCUGGUUGUACUUCGCUCACCCAUAGCACUGUCCAAUGUCUUUAUCCAACACGUACAUUCUCUCAAUAUGACAACGGCAGGGUACUCAAAAAGCUCCAGAUAUGCAAACCGUGUCCAUCUCCACAUGUUACUGCAGGCCUCUCGGCGCAAUUCUUGUCCAACAUGGAGUUUUCCCCUCGUCACCAAGACGGCCUCGCAUAG